AGUGCAAACAUUAAACCCUAAACUUUAAAGAUCUUCCCAUAAAAUUUAUUCCUCUCUAUCUGAAAAUAAAACCUCUUCAUAAUCUGAAAAGUUUUAUUAUUUUAUUUAAGAAUUAACACUAAUAAAUUAUGUUUAGUUGAAUAUUCUCCCUUUAAGCCCUCUUUGAAUCUCUCUCAUGUUCUGUCUAAAAUCUUUCAAACGGAGACAGAUAUAGAGAGAGAGAUCAGUGGAGAUGACAAUGGUUGUUCCAAAAGAAGGGUUCGUGGUAAUGGCGAAGGAAUCUAUUUCUUCAUCUCCAUCAGAGUCUCCUCUUCGUCUCCAGCCUCAGUUUCCUGACUUGACGAUUCCUGUUAAAGAGUUCUUCAAGUCUAGGGAAGCUCGGGAGUUUCUUAGUGGGGCAUUAGCUGGAGCUAUGACCAAAGCUGUUCUUGCUCCCCUUGAGACGAUAAGGACAAGGAUGAUUGCUGGUGUUGGAUCAAAGACCAUUCCAGGCAGCUUUCUUGAAAUAGUACAGAAGCAAGGAUGGGUAGGUCUUUGGGCAGGCAACGAGAUCAACAUGAUUCGAAUCGUUCCAACGCAAGCCAUCGAGUUAAGCACCUUUGAGUGUGUAAAGCGUGUGAUGACAUCAGCGCAAGAGAAGCUGAAGAAGAUUGAGAAGGCAAGGAUUGAAGUUUUCGGUGUUAGUUUCAGCCCUUCUAUAUCCUGGAUCUCUCCCGUUGCUGUGGCUGGUGCAGCUGCAGGUAUCGCCAGUACGCUCGUUUGCCAUCCACUAGAAGUCAUCAAGGAUAGAUUGACCGUGAGCCCUGAGCUUUAUCCGAGCCUAAGCCUCGCAGUACCGAGGAUUUUGAGAGACGAUGGGAUCCGCGGCUUCUACGCAGGUUUAGGACCGACAUUGGCCGGGAUGCUUCCUUACAGCACAUGUUAUUACUUCAUGUACGACACAAUGAAGACCACCUACUGCAAGUCCAAGAACAAGAAGGCUUUAAACCGUCCAGAGAUGCUUCUUCUUGGAGCUCUAGCCGGUCUAACGGCAAGCACCAUUAGCUUCCCGUUGGAAGUGGCGCGAAAGAGGUUGAUGGUGGGAGCUCUCAAGGGGGAGUGUCCACCAAACAUGGCUGCGGCGAUAGCGGAAGUAGUGAAGGAAAGAGGAGUGAUGGGACUGUACAGAGGAUGGGGAGCAAGUUGUUUGAAAGUCAUGCCGUCUUCAGGUAUCACUUGGGUCUUCUAUGAAGCUUGGAAAGAUAUUUUACUCGCCUCCAACACUAAACCACUUCUAUAAUGACGAAAUUUUUAGAUUUACCAUUGUUUCUUGAAGCUAGCUAUUAUCACAUUUUUCAAAGUUUUGAUUCUCAUUAGUAAGAAGCUGAGUUCUUUUUUUUUUAUAUAAGGCUAAACAUUUUCUCUAUGUUCUUCUCAGUUUAAUGAAAGAGCAAAUCAAUUUUAACUGUUCACAUAA